AGAACCAACCAGCUCGGUCAAAGCACCAAGAGAAGACAUCUAAGGAAGACACCAUGAAGACUCUCACCAUCCUCGCUCUCUGUGCUCUCCUGUCUGUGUGCUGGGCCACAGGAGCUGUUGAAUAUGAGGUUUACGUGGAUCACGACGGUGAUCACACCGACGACCAAGGCGUCGCUGUUGACCAUGCUGACACCGGUGACAACGGAGACAACGGAGACAAUGGAGACAACGGAGACAACGGAGACAAUGGAGAUUCAACCAACUCUGACUCAUCCUCAGACUCGUCUGAUUCAGAUUCAGACUCAUCUGAUUCGGACUCAGAUUCCGAUUCAGGCUCCGACUCUAACUCCGACUCUGCCUCCGAUUCUUCCUCUUCCUCUUCAUCUUCCUCCUCAUCCGAAUCAGCCAGUACUGAAGAAUCCCACGUGGUCAUGAAGCGAGACCUGGCUGCUGUUAUGUUGAGGAGAAGACGCCAGGCCUCAGGAGUCCUGUCCCCUUUCCAGCUCGAGAGCCUUAGAGAGGUGUGCGAGCUGAACAUGGGCUGCGAUGAGCUGGCCGAAACACAGGGCAUCGUGGCGGCCUACACCGCCUACUACGGACCCCCUCCCUUCUAAGCAGGACGCUCACACGGGAACUGUGUUGUUUUUCUCUUUUUCAUUCGCAGUCCAUCCCAAAACGGAGGUCACAAAUUUUUUUUGCACAAGUGUGCGCUCUCUCCAAGGACCUCCAGAGAGGUGCAGAGUACACCGUAGCCCUAAUAUGUUGAAAUUAAUCAUCACGCCCCUUUCUAUAGCACCAUGAAUAGUGCUACCGAUGUAUUUAUUUAUACCAAAGUUUCUUUUUACUAUAGCCAUGAGCUUGUAGGUGUACUGUAGUGGCUUUGUACAGAGUGUGUGACAUGACAUGUGUGCAUGAAUCAUCUGCAAUGGA